CCGAAAAGGAACCAAGGCUGAGCGAAGCUUUACUUUCAGGCUUCAACGAGGGUUUGAGGUAGUGGCAAGGGAGAAUAGCAGCUAGAGCGAGGAGAUCAAUAGAAGAACAGAAAGUUGGAUACAGAAAAGUGGAAUAGAAGUUUAAUUCUUGCAGUAAUCGAUGUGGCUUGGCUGGAGAAAUGGAGCAAUUGCAAAUGCAGGCAAUACCAUGAGAUACUUCUCUUCGAGCUCGCGGAAGCGCGCACCAAAUCUGAGAAAGAUCAACCCUAAGGUGCCAUUUCAGGAGGCUGCCUACAUUGCUGAGGGACUGUAUCACGUCAUCAAGAACCACGGCCCACUCACCAUCUCCAACACUUGGAACCACGCCAAGGAAGCUGGAAUUAGUGGAUUGAGUAGUAAAACACACAUGAAGAUAAUGCUUCAUUGGAUGAGAGGCAGAAAUAUGCUGAAGCUCUUCUGUCAGAACGUAGGCUCUAGCAAGAAGUUCCUGCUGUCUACGCUACCUGAAGAACCCCAAACCAACCAGUUAAACAGCUCCAUGGAAUCCGUGGAACCGAAGCCGAAGACUGGAAAGCCUUCAAUGAAGAAGAGAAAAUAAACAAAAUAAUGUGUUGACUUCAGAGAUGAAAGACACUAGUACAAUACUGUUUAAUGAGAAUUUAUUGAGGUGUAGGAAUUCUUGCAUUUAAAAGCCAUUUACUUGCUGUUCUUAUGUAUUGAUACUUUGGGAUGUAUGAGUCAUUUAAACAAUGUAUUUGCUUUAACUUCAUUCUCUGCCAAGACUUGUAUAUUCGAUUCUUUGCUUACACAAUUGCCUAUUCAAACCAAAGAGUGCAAUUUUUUUGUA